CAUCACAAUCUGCAAACUCUUGCUCCACAGUCCGAGCUGAAGAACUGCAUCCAGCAGGUCACCAUGAAGGUUGUAGCUGGUGGGGUUUUGUUGCUGGCUGUUGUCCACCUGAGCCGUCCUUGUAUCAAAGAGGGAACGAUCACGAUCUGCUUCAACAUCCCACCAUACUUUGAACCUGGUUCCUCGUCUCUGUUGAUGGUCCUGAAGGAUGUCGGAGAGAUCAACUCCACGGUGCUGCAGAGUGAGAACCUCACUUCUAUCACCAGGCUCACAAUCAACAAUGCAGGUGUCACGAGAAUCGCUGGAAAAGCCUUCAGCUCAUUUACCAAUCUUAAGUAUCUCAGCUUGGAGCUAAACAAUCUGUCGCAGAUUAAUUCAAACUGGUUUAAAGAGCCCGCCGCCCUGAGUGAGAUCAUCCUUACAGGAAAUCACAUUGAAGUCUUGAGUGAGUCCACGCUCGGACAGUUUGCUAACCUCACAAGCCUCAGGCUGAAUAAAAACAUGCUCAGGAAUAUUGAGCAGAAUAGUUUCAGUUUCCAGGCCGCCUUGGCUGAGUUAGACUUGUCCAAGAACAAGUUGACUUGGGUCUCACCACAAGCCUUCAGAUCUCUGACCUCCACCAAGAUCAGAUUAGGUGGGAACCCUUGGGACUGUUCGUGUGAAGCUGAAGACUUUGUCGCCUUUGUGAAAGCUCUACAAAGCAGAUCUCAGCUGGAAAACGAGAUGGACGUGACCUGUGAGAGUCCUCCAUCCCUGAGGGGUCAGCUGGUGUGGAACGUAUCGGUAUGCGCGACAUCACCAUCAAUAACAUCGUCAGUGGGCCCUUCAUCCACUGUAAAAGUGGUGACAACCUCUCCAUCACCAACAUCAGAGACAGAAACCUCUGUCAAACCCAAACCCACUAUAAGCUCUUCUCACACUGUUCCAUCAUUAGAAACAUCUGUCCACCCUAAGCCCACUUAUGCACACACACCUGGCCCUGCAUCCACUGUAAAAGUGGAAACUCCUUCAUCACGACCAACAUCAAACUCAGUAAAAGUGGUGACAACCACUCCAUCACGCCCAACAUCAGACACUUCUUUCAUAGCCUCAUCCACUGAUGUACCUGCAAUAAGCUCUUCCCACACUGUAAAAGUGGUGACGACCCCUCCACCACGUCCAACGUCAAACUCAGAUACUUCCUUUAAACCCACAUCCACUGAUACAACCACAAUAGGCUCUUCUCACACUGUUACAGAUUCAUCAUUAAAAACAUCUGUCCACCCUAAGCCCACUUAUGCAUACACAUCUGGCCCUGCAUCCACUGUAAAAGUGGAAACUCCUUCAUCAAGACCAACAUCAAACUCACACAAACCCACUGAUAUACCCACAACAAGCUCUUACACCAUAAAAGUGGUCACAACCCCCCCAUCACGCCCAACCUCAAACUCAGGCACUUCUUUCAUAGCCUCAUCCACUGAUGCAUCCACAAUAAGCUCUUCUCAAACUGUGACAGUUUCAUCAUUAGAGACCUCUGUCCAGCCUAAGCCUACCUAUGUACAUACACCUGGCCGUGCAUCCACUGUAAAAGUGGAAACUCCUUCACGACCAACAUCAAAGUCAGAAACCAAACCCACAAGCUCUUCUCACACUGAAUCUUCUGAGACGUCACCUCUGGUAAGGACAGAAACCUCAGCCCACGCCGAACUCACAAACUCAUCCACAACAGCUUCUGAACCUGCUGGAGUGACAGUUCCAUCACAACCACCAUCAGAUACUAACAUUGUCCGUGCACUCAUUGCUGUGAUUGUGGUCCUCUGUGUGCUGCUGUUUGUGGUGUAUUUCCUUGCUGUGCGGCGCCGAAGGAAACACAACAAAAAAAGUGUGACACCUGGGCAUCCGAGAGAAGACAAAAAACAGCUGGAAGAAGAAAGCAGAUCAAGUCAUGACUCUCUAAGAUCCUCUGAGAACAAAGAUGCAGAGAUGGCUCGGAUAACAUCCUUUACUGGAAUCAGAGCAAAGUCAGCAAAUGCUGUAAUCCUCAUGUCUCCUUUUUGUGCAUCUGGGAAGAAUCCUGUGACUUUGCAUACUGAGACAGAGGCUCAAGCAAAAGUCACUGAAAACCCAGCUGAGGGAAAGCAGAAGCUGGUGAAUGAAACUGAAGCCACAGGAGCAGCAAGGGGAUUUCAGACAGAAAAUCCCACAAACACCACAGACGCAAUCAAGGAGAAUGAAAAACCAGCCAAUCCUGGUACAAAUCUAGAUAAAAACCCUGAAUGUGUUCCUGUCAGCACUGACAUGGUACCUUAUCUGAGCAUCGGCACAGACCAGAACAAAUCACUUCCUGCUGAAGAGUCUGCUGAAGGUCCUGGUCUAAGAUCAAAGGGCAGCAAAAUUAUCAAGAGGAUCUCUACCUGGCCCCCCGCUGCAGCUCAGUGGCAGGAAAGAUGCAAAAGAAAAGCAGAAGAUGAGGAGGACGGUGAUGACGUGACUGUUUGGAGACAAAACGUAACAAAGAAGUUUUCAGAUGAAAUAAAGAAGACUGUAAAUGAUAGAGGCCAUCCCUUCAGUUUUGAUGGGGACAAAGAGAAAGAUGAAACUAUGAAAAAUCAAAUGGGGGCUCUCAUGGACCUGAGACACUCGCAGUCCUUAAAACCAAUUGAAGAGGAACACCUGAAGAAAGAGGGGAUGGCAAUGGGUGAUACUACCACUGUAACACAAACGACUGCAGAAAACCGAAAUGCGAAUCAAGAAAACCUCCAUCAGAAUCGACAUCAGACAUCUGGAAAAAGCUCAGCACACAACAUCAAGAGCAGCAAGGAGGACGAUCAGAGGAAGGAAUCGAAACGAGCUGUGCACAGCAGGCAGAGGGCAGAAAACAGGGCGUCCAGCUCGAAGGCUCCCUCUGGUGGUACGUCACCUGAUGAUGAAACGCUGCUGUCUGGGAACGACUACGCCUUCAUGAACCUGCUGCAUGAAGUCGUUCAGAACAAUGGCCGUUGGACCAGACAGAGGUGGAAGCAGACACAUGCCAACAAGCAGCGGCGUUAGAAGAGAGCUGGCAGAGGAGAUCAUCAUGGCUAUUCAAUCACUCUUCAAGUAAAAUGAAAUUCUCACUUGAUUCUUACAGUAAGUGUAACUUGAAAGUUUGCUGUAUUGGCACAUGACAGUCCAGCCUCUGCCUCUUAAUGCAUUAAAUAUGACGACUGGCUGAAUUUAACCCAUUUUCCACCAGCCUCAAACCCAGCAAUCUUUCUAAUGGCCAGCAGAGGGCAACUCUUGAAAUCAGAUUGCAUAGAAGUCUACUUAAAGGGCAGAUUUUCCAAACUAGUGCUCAUAAUUGUGAUUAGAGUUGAAAAAAAGCUUUGAGGCUCAGUCAGUGAAUUUGAAUUUAAAUAUCAGCGCAAUUAGCACUAAAUUGCAUGUUGCAAUCGUUAGUAAAUCAUUUUGCAUGUCUGAUUUAAAUAUUCUCCUCCCUGUAUUUUACUUUGCUCUCCUUUUAUGCAAUGUGUUAGCAAAUUUGGCCCUGCUCACUUGAUUUAUUAAAUUUCCGAGUUUAUGGUUUCAAUUUCUUGUUUCAACCUUAAUUUAAUACAUAAUUUUUGUCCAAAAAAUGAU